UAUCAUCAAUUUAGUAGCUUGAAAUCCGAAGAGCAGUAAACAGUUUAAAACGCUUGAAAAACACCCAACCAGAGUAGAAAUGCGUGUUGCUGUUAUUGGUGGUGGCGUUAGUGGCAUUUCUAGUGCUAUACAGAUCCUGGAGCAUUUGAAGUCUGCCGGUUCACCAGUGGAAGUUACAGUGAUCUCUGAAGCCUUCUCCCCAAACACCACUGGCGAUGGCUCAGCUGGUCUGUGGGGUCCUUAUCUGUUGGGUGGCACUCCCACCGCAAGAGUGCAUGGCUGGUCAAAGCAGAUGCAUGACUUUCUCCAGCAAAUCUGGUUGACUGAGGAUGCUUGUGAGGCAGGCGUUUGCCUUUUACCCUGCUUAAGAUUGACAACGACCACAAUGGACAAUGAUGUAUUCUGGAAGGAUAUUGUUUAUGGUUGUCGGCAGCUAACACAGAAGCAAUUGGAUGAGUUGAACGUAGGAAGAACAAAGAAGUAUACCGCUGGCAUGCACUUCAUCACUUACACCUCCGAGCCGGUCAAGUUGCUGCCGUAUCUGAUGAAGCGAUUCCAAGCGAAUGGUGGCAAAAUUGUGCAACAAAAAAUCGCUAAUCUGGAGGAGUUCAUAGCGAGUUCCAACUACGACGUAAUUAUCAAUUGCACUGGCUUGGGUUCACGUGAAUGUGUGAAAGAUGGUGGUAUGUUUCCAGUGCGCGGACAGGUGUCACGUGUCAAGGCAAAUUGGUUAUACUAUGCGCUUUUGGAUGAGAGUGAUGAUGGCAAUUAUAUUAUACCAAACUGUGAAUCUGUCGUUUUGGGUGGCACUCAUCAAGAGAACGACGAGAACCUAGAAGUGUGUUCCAAUGAUAAAAAAUUUAUCGUUGAUGGCUGUCGAAAGAUUGUGCCCGGCUUGGAGCAUGCACAGCAUCUAUGCGAUUGGGUGGGGCUGCGACCGGGACGUGGCACGCUGCGUUUGGAGGCAGAAAAAGGAGGCAAAAAAAUUGUCAUCCACAAUUAUGGCCACGGUGGAAGCGGUGUCACGCUAGCUUGGGGUUGCGCCAAUGAUGUGCUGGAGCUGUUGAAAAACGAGUUGCAAGUGCGUAAGCUUACAAAAUCUAAAUUGUAAAAAGAAAAACAAAUACUAAUCAAUUCAAAAAUGUUAGUUUUCCCUGUAAAUAUGUAUCAACAUGCAUAGCUUUUUAUUCAAUAAAUUUGCAUAUUAGGUAAAGUGUAAUAUAAA